UGGUAAAUUUUACAUUGAAUUUAUUGUUUUCCUAGUUUGACCUAUUUACUUCUUAACUUUUUAAACUGAGCACAUAAGUCCAGACUCAACAGUCACUAACCCAGAUUUAAAGAAGAUAGUGGAGUUAACUCCCUUGAUUUAUCCCAUGCAACUGAUGCUGAUACCAUUAAAGAAAAGAUUUCGGUUCCAUUUCUAUGGCAAUAAACAAACAAAUAGUUUAGACAAGCCUGAAUGGUAUUUUACUCAGGUGUUAAGUUGGAUUAGAGACCAUGAUGAUUUCAUCAAUAAAAAUAUCAAACCUAUCUUGAAAGAAGAAGGGAUUGAAGUUAAUCCACAGAUAGAGUUUAUGAGAGGCUUGGUUCAAUUAGUAAUGGAGAAGAUAGUAACAGAUAUUCCAGAGUUAUUGUUCGAUGAUCAUCAAAUAUCUCAUAUGAUAGAUGAAGCGUUAAUGUUUGAUAGAGAAAUUAGAAAUACGUAUAAUUACUCAGCAAGUGAACCAGGUUGUCUGCAUGUCUUAAUUCAUGGUGAAGUCUUCAAAAAAUGGCUUCAAAUUGAGAAGAAAUUUGCUAUAGAGAAGAUAGAUGGUAUGUUGACGUCACCAUCAGCCUGGUUAUCACAAUAUAAAGAUAUAACAGAUGUUGAUGAACUCAAGGUACCAGAAUGUGCUGAAAGUUUUAUGACUUUAUUAUUAACUAUAACAGAUCGUUAUAAACCACUACCAACACCUGCCAGUCAACUACAAUUCCUUAGACUUCAGUUAGAAUUGUUGGAAGAAUUUCGAGUUCGUGUUGUUCAAGUAAUGAAGGAAUAUACCCACAAUCCUGUAGGAGAACAGUUUGCAGCCAUUUUGAAUGGUGUACAUUAUGUUGUAGAAGUUCUUAGAGAAUGGAGUGAGCUGGUGUUUUUCCUGAAACUUCAAUACUGUAAAAUGAUGAAAGAUAUAGAAUCAGAGGAUUCAAGAAAUUCUCUAAAAUCAUCGUCAUCAUUAGAACUACCUGAUGACUUUCUGGUUCAUGAUGUUAAUGUACCUAUAUUUGAGACAACUGUAUUUGAGGAUGUUAUGGAAAAAUAUGAAAGUUUAAGAAAUGAGAUGUUAAAGAAUUGUGCUAAUUAUAUUCAUAUGGAUAUACAGGCACAUAGUCAUUCUUAUAAAAAGGACAGGUGGCUGGUUCUACCUUCACAGAAAGAUUUACAGUCAACAUUAGGUCUAUCUAUAUCAGCUUGUGAUAUGUUUCUGGUGUUAAAAGGUCAUUUAGCUUUAAUGGAGAACCUACUCUCUAAACCACUAUUUAGAAUAUUAUGGCAGAGAUUAGCAGAAAAACUCAAUAGAUUUAUUCUAAAUGAUGUAAUAUUAUCAAAUCAUUUUAAUGAUGGAGGAGGAGUUCAACUUCACUUUGAUAUGACAAGAAAUCUCUUUCCACUGUUUGGAGAAUUUACACCAAAACCAGAAAACUACUUCAGAGAGGUAAAGGAAGCAUGCAUCUUAUUAACAUUGAAAGCUGGGUCUGCUAUUUUAUUAAAAGAAGUUUUAAUGGCAGAAGUUGAUACAAUAAAAGAUCCGAACUCAAAAAAGACUGAUAUUAAACAAACACUGAGUGAAAUGGGCGUUUAUAAACUUUCUCCAAAAAUAGCCGGAAAAAUUCUAUCAUUACGAGCAGAUAUAAAUAUUUCGUGAUAGACCAUGUGGUUUUAGUGUUGUAUGAUAGAUUGGUUUGGGAUUAAUUUAGAAACUAUAAGAGUUUGUAUAGUUGAUAAAUCUGCAUGUUUGUUAUAUUCCAUGAAAAGUGAUAAACAGAAUCGUGUGAUUGUAGGGAUGUUCUAUGGAUGAAUGAUGAUUGGUGAAGUGGAAUUAUUUAUUCUGUAAUACCAGGACAGAAAGGCUGGUAUUUGUAAAUCUGCUGUGUAAAUGUUGCUGGUUAUUUCUUAUUUGAUUCAAUUAGAAUUGUUAAAAAAUGCUUGUAGAAUUAUCAGAAUAGGUUAUACAAAGAAAACAAUUAGUUGAUAUUGAUAUCGUAGGCAAUUAGUUGAUAUUGAUAUCAGUUGAUAUUGAUAUCAGGAGGCAAUUAGUUGAUAUCGAUAACAGUAAAUAAUUUGUAGAUAUUGAGAUUUGUAGGCAGAUAUUGAUAUCGGCAGGCAAAUAAUUUCCAAUGUAGCAUGUAGGUGUGGACAUACAUUACUGGAGUAACUCCAUAUACUGUGUAUGUGGUUGUAAGUAUUUUCCUACCACCAAUAUGAUAUAUAUGUAUGAUUAACUUGUCCUAAUGGAAUGGUUGUCACCUGAAAAUCUUUGAAAUUAUAUUUAUUUAUAAAAAGAGUAAUAUAAAUAAUAAAAAUAAUAAUGUAUAAUAG